CUCCAUUCUCUCCCCCUGCCUCCCCUUCUACACGCCCUCUCUUUCCCUCCUCCCCCCUCCCCCUCACACACAUACACAUACACAUCAUCUCGCUCUCGCCUCGCCGCUCGUUGUCUCUUCCGUCCCCCGCUGCCAGCAUGGAUCCCUCGCGUCCUCCGUCAGGCCAGCCACCUCCGCCGGGCUCUGCCGCCGGGCCGGCCGGCUCACAGGCCGCGAAAACCGACGCCGAGAAGAAGGUCGACAACUUGGAUCUGCCCGCGUCGGCGUAUGUGGGCGUUGACAGUGAUGAUGAGCAUGAGCGCAUGGUCAGCGAAGUGCGCAUCGUCUUCGCCCCUUCGACCGUGGCCGAGUACCAGGAGGAGUUCCUGAACCAGGUCAUCGACUUCGAGACCAUCAAGGAUUACAUCAUGCCGAUCGCCGAGAAGCACCGGCUCACCGGCAUCACUCGCGAGGUGAUCACCAUCCUGCGCCGGGCGUUGGAAUUCCGCCUGCGGAACCUUUGCUCGGACUUGGUCAUCGCCUGCCGGCACCGGCAAGAUGUCAUGCUGAUGCAUCCCAACUCCUCGGCCCGGGAAAUCAGCCAGCCCCGGCGGCAGCUCCACCUGCUGGAGCGCUACACGAAGCCGAGCUUUUUCUCGUCCACACACACGGCGGACACCGGGUCGGAUGCCGGGCCGGCGGCCGCCGGCGACGUAGAGGCCACCACCGCCCCGGCGACCACGGCCGGCGGGAGUACGCCGGGCGCCGGCUCGGCCGGCGGGACCGCCGCCAGCGGCGAGGCCUCGACCGGCGGGGCGACCGGGACCCCGGCCGCGGCCGGGCCCACCCCGGCUGGGAGCCCCUCCGGGCCCGGGGCCCCGGGGUCCGGGCCGGGUGCGGCGACCACGGGCCCGGCCGCCGCCUCGACUGCCACCGGGUCACCGGCUUCGGCCCCGGCCCCGGCCCCGGCCGCAGCCUCGACGGCCGGGGCCCCGGGCGGCAGCGCCACCCUGCGCAAAUUCCUCGGCGGGUCACAGGGCGUCUUCGGGAAGUCGCGCCUGGGGGCACGGCUGGCCGCGGCGGCGGCCCGGCGGACGGAUGCCGCCGGCGGUGGCGGCCCGGCCGCCAGCGGCUCGAGCGGCGCCGCCCCGGUCGGCGGCCUGACCAAUCUGGAGGGGCGCAUCAAUUGGACGGUCACCUCGCGGGACAUGGUCUUCGUGUUGGAGCGCGAUCGCAUUGGCCGGCGGUCGGACCUGCUGCUGCGGCUAUUGGCGCACUUGAACCACUCCUCCGGGGGCACGGGGCCAAGUGGGCCCGGGCUUGGGGCCUCGACCGGCGGGCCAGGCGCCUCGGCCGGGCUCGGGCCCUCGGCAUCGGGCCAGGCGGCGCCUCGGCCGGAGGCUGCCCUGCCCCCGGCCAAGCGGAGAAAGUAG